CGACGACCACAGUUUAAAAACCAAAACACUUCCAAAUUUUGCAGCAAAAUCAUGAAUAAGUUGUAUUCAUAGACAUAUUUGAACCGAUUGAUGACCACAUAUUGAAAGUAUGUCUGUCGAAGAACUUGAGCAGGAGCCUUUCGAUGCUGAUGAUUUUGUUGAGCGUAUAGCAUGGAGGACAACAACAAACAUAUCAAAAGGAACUAUUGAAGAUUUUGAUCCAGACAUCUUGCAUACGUCUUUUGAGAAGACCAUUUCAGAUUUGAAGGACCUGAACUUAGUAGUACAAAAUCGUGCUGAGAAAUUGGAAAUGUUAUGCCGCGAGGAGGAGAAGAACCAUUGGACACGAGUUGCGGAACUGCACAAGAGUAUACAGACCGCACACUCACACUUCCAAGUCCUUGAUGAAAGAAUCAACUACGUCGCUACCAAAGUGGUGCAUCUGGGAGACCAGUUGGAGGGGGUCAACAUCCCUAGAGCAAGGGCCGUUGAGGCACAGAAACUCAUGAACUUCUUUUCAGAGUUUUUGUCAGAUGAACCAUUGAAGUCGGCUGUCUUCACUGAACCCAACCAGCUUUACCUGUCAGCUGAUAUCAUCCAGAAACUACACCUAAUCGCCCAAGAGUUACCUCAAGGUACCAAGUUUGAUACUGCCCGGCAGAAGAUUUCAGACAAAUAUGAUGAGAUCGAAAGCAAUCUGAUAGAUGAUUUUCUCCAGGCUCAUCACAAUGGUGAUAAGAGGACCAUGAAGAGAGUAGCAGCCACAUUGUCACAUUUUAAGGGUUAUCCACAGUGCAUAGAUGCCUUUGUUGAAGAGAGUCAGAAGGGUAAAUUUGUACAACAAGAUGUGUUUGCUGAGACACUACCGUUGUGUUACAAAACCAACCUACUCAUCAAUGAGGUAUUCACCAAUCCAGAGGCUGUCAUGGCAAAGCUCGUGCUAAAUAUAUAUCACGGUAAAUUACAGGAUCAUAUCAACGGCAUACUCUCUGACAGAUUUGACUCUGAGAAAUAUCUGAAAAAUCUCUACACCCUAUACACGAGAACAACCAAGCUUUCAAAUGACUUGUCAGGGUUCCAGAUGGGCAGUGACUCUACAUUUCUCCCAAAGUUAACUAAAAGCAUCUUCAGUAAAUACUUGGACUCAUAUAUCAGUGCUGAAACGAAAUUCCUCAAUGAAAAGUCGGCGUAUAUUUUGGGCCGUUACUACGAACAUAAGAAUCAUCAGAAGAGAGUGAUCCCUACUGGAGGGCUGCAUGACUUGGCCCGAGACAUCCAAGCGAAGAUUGGCACAAAGACCAUCAACUUCGGUCCAGCGAUAGAGGACUUUGGAGGUGAAACAUUCCUCUCACAAGAGGUCGCCAUCAAUCUCUUACAGGAAUGCAAGAUGGCUUUUAAGAGAUGCCAAGUGCUGUCUAGUCAAACAGACCUUCCUAAUCAUUCGAUGCUGAUCUAUGACAUCUUAGUGCAAUAUUUAUGUCAAGAACACAUAGAUUAUGCCUUAGAACUGGGCCUACAAGCUAUACCACCUCCUGACCAGAAAGUUGAGCCAAAGAUCUAUUUCUUUGAUGUGGUGGGACAGGCGAACACAAUGUUUCAUCUGUUUGAGAAACAGUUCAGUAACUGCCUCAUUCCUCUAGUCAGCUCAUCUCCUAAACACAGCGAGUGUCUCCAGAAGAAACGAGACCUGAUGGAGCAGAUGGAGAACAAGAUGGACACAGGUUUAGAUAGGUCUCUGCUAGCUUCAAUAGGCUGGGUGAAAUAUAUCCUCAACUCAGAACAAAAGAAGACAGACUUCAAACCAGAUGAUGAUGUGCCAAUGCAGAUGUUUUCUCCGCCAUGCCGUGGUGUGGUCAAGUAUGUGAGUGGUCAGCUGGAGUCCAUACGAGAUGCACUUGAUGGGAAAAAUGUUGAGGCUGUCCUUACUGAAUUUGGAACAAGAUUUCAUCGCGUGGUGUAUGAGCAUCUCCAAAAAUACGAAUUCAAUUCCAUGGGUGCUAUGUUGGCUAUUUGUGAUGUGAACGAAUACAGGAAGUGUGUACAAGAAUUCAAGGUGCCGAUUGUGACGCAGUUGUUUAACACACUGCAUGCCCUUUGUAAUCUUCUCGUUGUCGUCCCUGAUAAUCUCAAGCAAGUCUGCAAUGGAGAACAAUUGGGUGGAUUGGACAAAGCUGUGCUUCAGUCAUUUGUACAACUCCGAGCAGACUAUAAGACUGCUAAGCUAGCCAAUCAUUUCAAGUAGAAGGAGGAUGUGACUUAUCUGUACAGUUGAACCUCUCUAUAAAGGACACUCUUGGGACUGGCAAAUGCUGUGCUUAAUUGAGAUAUGUCCUGAUUACAAAGGUCAAAUUCUAUGGAAACAACCAAUAAAACUGGCUAGCAAUUAGGAAAGACCAUUGCACCUUUGUUGUAAGGAUUCCACUAGUACCUUAUGUGACAUGCAGGGUUGGCGCACCCGUUCCCAUAUUCGCCACUUGCGAAUGCUGCACAUGAGUGGGGAAUGUAUUAUGUAAAACAAUGUCUGGCUAAAAAUGUUGCGAAUUCAAUCUGAAUUGCCAUGAUUUGGCGAGAGAGUAAUAGUAUUGUGCGAAAAUUGAUCAAAGUCUAUCAAAAAGAUCCACUUCCACGCAAAAUGCACCAAGGAACGAUCGUUAGUCAGUCAAACUUUAUCAUAUUUGAGGGCGGCCGCGCUAUCACACGUGGUUGCUAUCGUCUGCAUUGUAGUUCUACCCGUUGCCGCUACUGUGAUUUUGGUGGCGCUGCUAGUCGCCUUACGCAUACAUUAUCGGCUAGUUUCCCGCUCGCUUCGUUGCCAUGGAGUCUCCGGUCACGGGUUCCGCGAAUCGUUCGUUGAUUUGCUAGUCUCGUUACUGGCGGGCUACCAUUCUCGCACAUGUUACUGUGGGCUGGGUCGGCCCCAAGGUGGGCGAACGAUCGGCAAUGGCUAGAGCUGACUUAAUAUGGCUAAAAGUGAUGUGAUGUAAUGUGGAUGUUGCUGUCCAAUCCAUUAAGUGGUCUGACCAUAACAUGAGAUAGUUGGAUAAUAUAUUAACGAUAUGAUUGUUUUCUGUAUAUACCUGUAUCAUGUUGUAAGACUUAUUUCGGUUUUCGGCUUUUUGUAUCCGCUACAAAUAAGUGAACAUGUAACAAUAAAGAUU